UAAACAUGUGUCUGUCUGUCUUUUUCUCAGUUGAUUCGUUGUCAUGGAGCGAUGCUUUAGGUAGGAACAGGAGAACACAGCUUGUUUACCUCCAGUGCCUUUAAGCUGCUGUGGUGCAUUAGUGAACACAGUCAAAUAUAAGGAGUUCAAUACAGAUGGCCUAAAAUGGAACUAUAUAGUGUCAGCAGGGAUGGUUCAGCUCCUCCAUCAUCACCUCCCCCUCCUCCACCUCCUCCUCCUCACAGCCUCCCUUCUCCUCGCCAACCCCCUCCCAUCCCUCCCUCCUCUCCCCUGUCAGCUGUGACUGCUCCCCCCCGACGAGAAAGGCUGAGUAUUGCAGGAGCCAUGGUGGACGUCAGUAAGUGGCCCCUGUUUUCUCUGCUGAGCGCCGAGGAGCUGGCUUCAGUGCGGCAGGCCUGUGUGUUUGGGACCUCUGCUAAUGAAGCCAUUUACAUCACACAUGCUAAUGAGGUGUUUGUGUUUGGGUUGAACAGCAGCAGCUGCCUGGGUACAGGAGACAGUCUGAGCACCAUAGUGCCGAAGAAGCUGGACUUCCUGCGGGGGAAGAAGGUGGUCAGCCUGAGCUAUGGAAGUGGGCCUCACGUCCUGCUGGCUACGGAGGACGGACAGCUGUUUGCAUGGGGACACAACGGCUACAGUCAGCUGGGGAACGGGAACACCAACCAGGCUCUGUCUCCGCUGCUGGUCACCGCCAACCCUCAGAACAAGAAAGUGAGGGAGGUGGCGUGCGGCUCGCAUCACUCCAUGGCGCUCACUCAGGACGGAGAGGUGUUUGCAUGGGGUUAUAAUAACUGCGGUCAGAUUGGCUCGGGGUCCACAGCCAACCAGCCUUACCCCAGGAAAGUCACCGGCUGCCUGCAGGGGAAGAUUGCUAUCGGCAUCUCAUGUGGACAGACCUCCUCCAUGGCUCUGAUCGACAACGGAGAGGUGUACGGCUGGGGGUAUAACGGUAACGGGCAACUGGGUAUUGGAAACAAUGGAAACCAGCUGACGCCUUGCCGCCUCUCUGCACUCCAGGGGCUGUGCAUGCAACAGAUCGUGUCGGGGUACAGCCACUGCCUGGCGCUGACUGACGAAGGGCUGCUGUACGCCUGGGGAGCAAACACCUACGGGCAGCUGGGGACGGGAAACAAGAGCAACCACCUCAGCCCGGUGCAGAUCCUGGCCGACAAGGAGAGGAUUGUCGAGGUCGCAGCGUGCCAUUCAACACACACCUCAGCAGCCAAGACCCAAAGUGGGCUGGUGUAUAUGUGGGGUCAUUGUCGGGGUCAAUCCAUCCUCAUGCCACACCUCACACACUUCACCAGCACCGACGACGUCUUCGCCUGCUUCGCCACGCCCUCCGUCAUGUGGAGGCUCAUGUCUAUGGAUCACGACGACUUCCUGACGGUCUCCGAGGCUCUGAGGAAAGAGUUCGACAGCCCAGAAACGUCCGACCUUAAAUUCAGCGUCGACGGAAAGUGUAUUCACGUUCACAAAGCUGUGCUGAAGAUCAGGUGUGAGCACUUCCGCUCCAUGUUCCGCUCCCAGUGGACGGAGGACCAGCAGGACGUGAUCGAGAUCGGCCAGUUCUCCUACCCCGUCUACAGAUCCUUCCUGCAGUUCCUCUACACCGACACUGUUGACCUUCCACCUGAGGACGCCAUCGGCCUGUUGGACCUGGCCACGUCUUACUGUGAAAACCGUCUGAAGCGCCUGUGUCAGCAGAUCAUCAAGAGAGGGAUCACCGUGGACAACGCCUUCACUCUGCUGUCCGCCGCCAUCCGAUACGACGCAGAGGACCUGGAGGUGUUUUGUUUCCGGUUUUGUGUAAACCACCUGACUCAGGUGACUCAGACUGGAGCUUUCUGGCAGGUGGACGGAGCGAUGCUCAAAGAGUUCAUCAGCAAAGCCAGCCGCUGCGGAGCCUUCAAGAACUGAGUGGAGCUCUUAGGAUUUAUCAAACUGUAUCCCGACCAAGAUGAUGUGCUCUGGAUGUGAGCAACUCCAAAAGCAUCAGGUCUGAUCACACUCCUGAGGGCACACAGGCAGCGUCGCUCACGAGAAGGAUGGGAAUUUAAGCUUCAUUAUCGACGAAUGUGAAGUCAGCACUUUGGAUAAUCCCUGUGGAGGCACUCGGCAAAGUCAUGGCGCCUUUUCCUCUCACACAUUCUUUACAUGCUGUAUGUAUACUUGAAUAUAUGUUUGCUCGGCCAGUGCUUCCUGUACUUAAGUUGACAUGAUAGACCAAAUACCUGGAAGAAAUAGGAAGCAGUUGUCUUUGAUAGCUUUGAUGACUGACUUGCUCUGGCCAGGAGAACCACUGUACUGAAACACUUUGAGUUUCCAUAUCUAUCAUUUCCAAAAUACAGUGUUAGGUAAAAGUACUUCUUGGGUGAGCCCCAUUUAGGCGUCAACACACAACAAGAUCCAGGUCCUACUGUGGGUUGUACUGGGUCACUUAUGUAUAAUGUACUUUUUAUACUCUUUUCUUUUGUAAGACGUUGUUUUUCGCCCUAUGGCACCUUUAAGAAACGGUUGCUUCUUCUUCUUCUAUAUAUUUAGUAAAACAGUAAUGGUUCAAAUUGUUUGACACACUGUGUAAGGGGAAAACUAAGUUAAGGUGGACCUAUCAUGCUAUAUUUGAAUAAUAUAGUGUAGGACCAUACCUAUAUAAGGCAUAUUUAUACUUAAAAUACC